AUGGAGGCCUUCAUGGAGGAGUUUCAACAUCUUAAGAUCCAACUACAAGAGAUAAACUUAGCCACCGCCAACUUUGAUAUGAACAACGUUAUCGGAAAAGGUGGAUUUGGGAUGGUGUACGAAGGAGUAAUUUCUCACUCCAUGGGACAAAGCAAGGUUGCUUUCAAGCGUUUAAAUCGUAGCAAUGGUCAAGGAAACUGUGAGUUCUUGAAAGAGAUCAUGAUGCUCUCCCGAUACACACAUGAAAAUCUCAUUUCUCUACUGGGAUUUUGCGAUGAAGAUGAUGAAAAGAUCCUUGUGUACGAGCAUGCAUAUAAUGGAAGCCUUGAUCGCCAUUUGAGUAACGUUGCCAUCACGUGGAUGCAACGUCUCAAGAUAUGCCUUGGGGCUGCAAUGGGAUUAUGCUACCUUCAUGAUCCCAAGGAAACACAUCAAAGAGUUCUCCACCGAGAUAUAAAAAGUUCCAAUAUUUUGCUAGAUGAGAAUUGGAAUGCAAAAGUCUCCGACAUGGGGUUGUCCAAAAUAGGACUUGCUAACCAACAACACACGGCUCUUGUCUCCAAUGUUGUAGGUACCUUUGGGUAUGUGGAUCCAAUGUAUGCGGAGAACAGUAUCCUAACGAAAGAGUCAGAUGUAUAUUCUUUUGGCGUGGUCUUGUUUGAAGUAUUGUGUGGGAGACUAUGCUUUGAAAUUAAUGAUGGUGAUCAUUUUCAGUGUUUAGUGCGGACGUGGAAACAAAGCUAUAAACAAAAGAAAUUGGAUGAGAUUAUCUUUCAAGAUUUGAAGCAAUACAUAGAUCCACGUUCACUAGAAAUAUUUUCAGCCAUUGCGUAUCAAUGUUUGCAGAAAUAUCGUGAAGCACGACCAACGAUGUCUCACAUUGUGGAAUAUCUUGGGAUUGCGCUUCGGCUUCAGGAGAUUUUUGAAAAGGUAGGACAACCAAUGAACUUUGAAGAGAUGAUUAAGAUUGAGGUAUCCAAAGGGAAAUUAAAGAUGCUUCUCUCUCGUCAAGGAAUGCUCAUUAACGGGGACAAACUGGGAAUAGGUGUGGCCAAAUCCAUUGUAGAAACGCCAACAAGUGUACCACAAAAGGAACAACGUUUAAAGUGUCCCAGAUGCGAAUCAACAAACACAAAGUUUUGCUAUUUCAACAACUACAAUCUUACUCAACCAAGAUAUUAUUGCAAGACUUGUAGAAGGUAUUGGACUCUUAAUGGGUCUCUAAGGAAUCUUCCCGUUGGCAGUGGUUCAAGAAAAUCUAAGCGAUCAUUUCAAGACUUGUAGAAGGUGAAACGGGUGGUGGAGGCUGAAUGUUGGAUGCCAAAAUGGAGGUUGAGAUUCUUGGAAGAACCAAUAAAUGGACAUGAUGAAAUAGGGCAAUUACAUUUGGUGUGAGGGCAUGUUUGUUCAUGAUCAUUCUUUUUGCUAUAUGGGAUUGAUUCUUUGCAUCCAUAUGGAGUGUUUUUGCAUGAUAUUUUAACGGAUUCUAAGACUUUUUCUAUAGCUCUACAACGAUUGUAGCCAAUUGGCAUGCAGCAAGAAGGGCACUUUCUUUUCACUUUUGGGCAGCAUGUAGAGCAUGCUAUAUGGCCAUUCUCACACUGCAAAUAUCGGUAUAUCACCAUGAAUGAACUUCUAUAGAUAAUUUGAUAGUAUGUGAGUGAAAUCUAGAACUGAAAAGUGGUCGUUCUUUCUUUCAAGGUAAUCUUAAUGUAUCAGUUAGGAUUACCUUCUGAUUUAACCCUAAUUUUACGCAAUUCAAAU